AUGACAUCUCUCGCUCCACGAUAUGAUGUUUAUGGCGGCGAUCCAACCAAAUGGGACAAUUCUUGGGCUAAACGUCAAUUCGGCAAUGGCGGUACUGGCGGUCAAAAUGGAAACAAUGGCAACGGCGAUAAUAAUGGCGGUCAAAAUGGAAAUACUGGAAAUACGGGAAAUACUGGAAAUACUGGCAAUGACAAUGGCGAUAACAAUGGCGGCAUACUCGGUGGUGUUGGAUCUAUAAUCGGCGGUCUUCUUCCCGGUCAAACAGCGAGUUCCUCAUCUACCACCUCUUCUUCAACGCGCGAAAGUAGCUCCUCGUCAACAUCAAGCAGCACAAGUUCAAGAACCUCAACCACCAGCUCCUCUUCUUCUUCAUCUACCACAACAAGUAGUUCAUCUACGCCUUCUUCUUCAUCUUCAUCAAGCACUUCAACAACUCCCACUUCCACUUCUACCACUCCCUCAUCAACCUCCACCGUAAGUUCCACGUCUAGAACGUCUGAGCGCGAGCGCACUUCUCCCACUUCCACUUCCACCACUCCUACUUCUCAAAUUGAAACCCAGCAGAGGCCAUCAUCGACAUAUACACCACCACCAGCAACCUCUUCUCAAACAACAUUGACCCUGACAAACAGUGGACAAUUAUCCACUUCAACAGCAAUCGUUUCGGGAAAUCCAUCGCAGAACGGUCAAUUGAACGAUGGAUCAGGUAGCAGUAAUAGCAACGGAUUCUUUAGUAAUUCGGGCGCGGUAGGAGGAACCUUUGCAGCAGUCGGUAUUGUUGCUGCUUUGAUCUUAGCAGGACUUGCAUGGUUGUUCUACCGUCGUCGUCGUGCUCAAAGGAUGGACGCAGAUGUUGCAAUGGCAGCCUCUGCAGCAGCAGCAACUACGAGAACUCCAUUCGAUGAUGAUGAUCCAGAAAUGAUUGAAGAAAAUUACGGUCAAGGACCAAGUGGAAGUGCUUCAAACUUCUAUCAUCCUUCUCAAGGUGAAUACGAACCCAGUCAAUUCUCUGGUGCAGGCUAUGCUGGUAUGGGUGCUGCUGCCGGUGCUGGCGCUGCAGCUGGUGGAUAUGGUGCUGCUGCUUAUCACGAUUACUACAACGGUGCCGGAUCGCAAGGACACUACUACGAUAACCCACAAGGACACGAAUACAUGUCGCAAAGUCAAGGUCACGAUCCUGCCGCAUACAGCCAAGGUCAUUACAUGGCCGAUGAGUAUGGAAAUCAAUAUGCUUACGAUAACGGAGGCUGGAACGGUCAAGGUCAUGCUAUGAACCCUGAAGGAAUGCCGUUUGUUGCCGGUGCAGGAGCCGCGGGAGCAGCAGGAGCGGCUGGAGUGGCAGGAGGAGAAUCAGACCAUCGCAGAUCAUCAGGUAUGCCAAACCCUUACACUGGCGGACAAGGACCUGAAGAUCAUCUACUGUCUCCAAAUGUGUUCUCUGAUCAACCCAGCAGUCCUGAAGGAGGACCUGCUGGAGCAAACAAUAGCCCACCACAUGCAUCUGAUGACCGAUUAAACAAUGACGGUCUUCAAAGAGCAGGAAGCAGGGCAAGUGCAAACUCUCUUCGCGAUGAUCAAGAUUAUACAAGAAGGGUACUUUCUCUUGCAAAUUAA